AUGGUGAAGGAGUUGCACACCGCUACAUGCAUGUGUUCUGCUUCGCCUCCUGCAGUAAUGAACCGCUGUGUGCAGUCGUCGAAAAGAUGGUACAAGGAGUGGGAGUGGGAGUGGGAGUGGGAGUGGGGGUGGGGUGGUGAACGCGACUGUUCUGCUCCGCCUCGUGUAGUAGUGUACCGCUGCAUGCAGCUGCUGUCUUUGACAGUUCUGCUUCAUCAGAGAGCUGGUCCAAAGAGUGGGGGCCGAGUGGAGGUGAUUUCUACUCAGCUUCUUCAUCACCAAACUUGGAAGAUGAUUGACGACCAGGACUUGGGCUUCUUUGCCAAUUUUCUUGGCAUCUUUAUAUUUGUGCUGGUGAUUGCUUAUCAUUAUGUGAUGGCUGACCCGAAAUACGAAGGCAACUGA